UAGCAGCAUAUCAUAUCCAAUCCUUGUACUCUGCGGUUUAGUCGUGUGUUUUGUCGUGUGUUUCGUUUGUGGUUGAUCCCGUCUUGUGGAGUGCGCCCAGAGAGUGGCCGUGUGCAUUUUUCCACCAUUUUUUCGUGAACUGAUUUGGAGGAAAAAAGGGAAGUGAAAAAGCGAACUUUUGCCAUCAUCAGCAGGAAAAGCAAAAUAGUGUGAGCACCUGAAAUCAGAGAAGAAGAUGGCUUUUAUUUAUAAAGUUUUUGGAGUGUUAUGUGUGGUGGCAGUGGUUGCGGCCCUACCAGCGGAAGAUACCCGUACCUCACGGAAUGCCAUCAAUACGGAAGGUGAUCUGAUGGGAAGCAUCUACAAGGAUUGCUUGUCGUCGGAUUCGGUGUCCUGUGUCAAGUAUAAGAUCUUCAGCUUCUUUGACAAGGUCGUGACCAAACGCAGUACGUUCUCGUUGACCGAUGGAGUGACGGUGGUGAAGACCCCAGGAGUUGAAACCGAUGGAGCCCCACGUGCCCUGAGCGGUGAUGAGUCCAUUGAACAGUUGAUCCUGUCCCGUAUCCAGAGCUUCCUGUCCACCCACACCAUCAAGGUUGACCUGAAGGGUUCGGAUAUCGUGAAUGCCGUCACCUCAACCGGACGUGCUCUGGAAGAUGUCAGCGAAAACUUGCUCGAUGAUGGUGAGGAUGCCGCUGAAGCUCGUGGCAAGAAGAAGAAGGCCGCCAAGAUCCUUGGCCCACUCAUGUUGGCCGUUGCUCUGAAGGCCGCCGCUCUGCUGCCACUGCUGUUGGGAGCUAUUGCACUGAUCGCUGGUAAGGCUCUGCUCAUCGGCAAGAUCGCUCUGGUUCUGUCUGCCAUCAUCGGCCUUAAGAAGCUGCUGUCCCAGGAGAAGCAUGUCACCUACGAGGUCGUUGCCCACCCACACCACACUAGCAGCCAUACUUCGAGCCAUGGUGAUGCUUACGCGCUUGGAGGAUCGUACGCAGGCGGUGCCGAAGCCGGAUACAGCGGCAGCUCAGGACACGGUGCUGGUGGUGGCUGGGGACGCUCCAUCCAGGAUGCCCAGGACUUGGCCUACAGCGUCCAGAAGCCCUAAGAAGCGACCUCCACCCACGGACCUGGAAACGAUAGUCGAAACAUUAGUUACACAAAAUACGCAACUGAUUGCAAGUGUACUCCUUAGAGGAGUUUACUCUUAAGCCCGAAGUACCGUCCAAUACUCGUGCAUAUCGCCCGGAUGUGCCUUUUACAAUUUGGGGUCAUUUUGAUCUUUAUUUAUUUAAUUUAUUUAGACGAGAUUUUGUUUUUUGCCGACUUAAAUUAAAUUAUUUAAAGAACCACCAAUCCAAUUUCGUUCGCAUACGAGUAAGCGUUAGGAAGUAAUCGUAAUUUAUUUAGCCAACCAAGAAGCAAACCAAGCAGCAAAGCAAGAAGAAAAUUCUAAAAAAAAAUCUAUACCAGAAACGCAUAUUGUGUGUGAGUUCAGAAUCACGAAGAAUUCUACUUUUCAUCAUCUCUCUUUCUUAAAAUAAUCUUCUCCUACUUGUAGCUAGAUACUUAGCACUGUAACUGUUAAGGACUCAAGACUCUCUAUCACUUUCACUCACUGUAUCUAUUGUACUAUAAUUUCCCCUUCCCUUGAAGCUUUACCUUUCCUCACCCUCUCAAAGAAACUUUAAACCACGAGUCUGUAGAACCAAACCCUUAAGAGUUCGUUUAUUGCUUUCUCUUCAAUCGUUCCUGUAGUUAUCUCUUUUCUCGUGUUAUAAGAAAUUAUUCCAGAAGGUCUUAAAAAAAAAGAAACUGAAAAAUAGCAGCCAAUUAGUUAAACUAAUCACCAAAAACGACCAACGAAAUAAAUAUGCUCAACUUGAUAAUAAUCAAAAAAAA